CCCAAUCUAGCUCUAGUCCGAGCUCCUGGACGGGCACAGAGCUCUCAUGGCGCUCUGGGUGGUUCUCCUCUGUACCUUGAUAGCAUCGCUGCUUGGUGGGCUCUACCUCCUGGGCAUGUUUCGGAGACGGAGACCCGAUGAGCCGCCUCUGGACAAAGGUACCAUUCCCUGGCUGGGUUACGUGCUGGAUUUCAGAAAGGACAGUUCAGAGUUUCUCAAAAGGAUGCAGAGAAAACACGGGGAUAUUUUCACGGUGCUGAUCGGAGGCUAUUACUUCACCUUUGUGAUGGACCCUUUCUGCUUCGGAGCCAUCACGAAGGAAUCACGAUCUAAACUAGACUUCAGGACUUUUGCAUCUAAACUGGUCCAGCAAGUUUUUGGCUACAAGCCCAUCGAAGCCAGCCAUAGCAUAAUUCAUGCAUCGAGCACGAAGCAUCUGAUGGGAGACGGACUCACUGUCAUGACACAAGCCACCCUGGAGAACUUUCAGAAGCUGAUGUUUUUCAAUCUGAGCUCGGGAGAGGAGAAGCGAGUGUGGCAAGAGGACAGCCUCUUCCACUACUGCUACAACAUCGUCUUCAGAGCCGGGUACCUGGCUCUGUAUGGCAGUGAGCCACACCAAGGGGCAGAUAACAAGGAGAAAGCUAUUGAGCAAGAUCGCAUCCACUCCAACCAGGUGUUCUACGAGUUUCGGAAGUAUGACCGGCUCUUUCCUCGCCUGGCCAGUGCUGUGUUACCUCCCAAGGAAAAAAUAGAAGCUGAACGGCUGAAGAGGCUCUUCUGGAGCACACUGGCCGUGAAGAAGACCUGGCAGAAGGACAAUAUCAGUGGGUGGAUAAGGGAUCAAGAGCAGCUUCUGGCAGAAAAUGGUGUCCCCGAGUAUAUGCGGGAUCGUUUCAUGUUUGUGCUCCUCUGGGCAUCCCAAGGCAAUACGGGCCCAACUGCCUUCUGGCUCCUUUUGUAUCUAAUGAAACAUCCAGAAGCUAUGAAGGCUCUGAAGGAUGAGGUAGAUAAAGUCUCAAGGGAGAACGGCCAGGAAAUGAAGCCAGGCAGCCCACCAGUUAACAUCACUAGGGACAUGUUAAACCAGACUCCUCUUCUGGACAGUGCUCUGGAAGAGACCCUGAGGCUGGUUGCAGCCCCAAUACUGGUCAGAGCUGUCCUCCAGGACACCAGCCUUAAGAUGAGCAGCGGGACAGAGUACACUCUCCGCAAAGGAGACAGGGUGGCUCUGUUCCCACAUGUGUCUGUGCAGAUGAACCCAGAAAUUCACCCCGAUCCUCACGAGUUUAAGUACGACCGCUUCAUAAACCCAGACGGCACCAAGAAAGAUUUCUACAAAAAUGGGAAGAGGCUGAAAUACUUCAACAUGCCUUGGGGGGCAGGAGUAUCCAUCUGUCCCGGGCGGUUCUUCGCUGCCACUGAAAUGAAACUGUUUGUGUUCUUGAUGCUGAGUUACUAUGACCUGGAGCUGGUCAACAGAGAAGAGGAGAUCCCGGCGAUAGACGUCAGCCGCUGGGGAUUUGGGACGAUGCACCCUGUUCGCGACGUUCAGUUCAGAUACCGGCUACGCUUUUAAUUUGGGAAGUCCUUGUUGCAUUGAUUGUUCUGCUGUUAUCUUUGAAAUAAGUUGCGUGAUCUCAUGGUUAUCAGAUCUGUGCGGGAUCCAAGGUUGAUAUGAUCUUGUUUGCUUAACCAUUAUCGUGGGUUUUCUCUUAUGUCCUUCACAUGUAUCGCUGCUCUGCAUCUCUGGUUAUUGUGGUGUUGGGUUAUCUGAUAAAAGCUCACCUGCAUACCCUCAAAGGAGCGCAGAGAGACAAAUAGUACCCUGCCAGCCUACUUCCAGACCAUCACAGGGGCCAUCAGCCCAUCUGCACAAGCCCAGAGGAGCACAGGGGCAUAUUGGCAGGUGGGAAUCCAAAUGAAGGACUUCCAAGGAACGAGCGUUUUGUCCAGGUCCCUCCCAGGACUGUCCCAGCAGAGCCAUCAGCCCGACGGUCCCGGCGUGAGACCUGUGGAGAGGUGUCAUUGGGAGCAGCUCUCUGGAUCACCAUCUGCGCUAAGGGGGAUUGCUGUCAAGGGAGGGGGGACAUCUUAUGGCGUGCAGGGAAGAGCAUUUUGGGAUUGCACAGGAUUUAUGGUGGGAUGGUUAGGGGAGGAACCAAAGGUGGGAAAAAGGAGGGGUUUAGGUGAUUUGGGGAGAAAAAUAGAGGGGUAAGUGGAUAAAAAGGGCUGGGGGUGUGUAAAUAGGCAGCUGGUCCAGACACUUGUCUGGUCACACCCCGCACCCAAUGAGCACAGUCUGUCCUAUUGUCUUAUUAAAUUCCUUUCCUUAAAUUCAAGACCGUGAGUCAGAGGGCCCGUGUGUCCGUGGUGCCGGCAGCUGGCACCAGUGUGCAAGUGGGUGUGCAAGCAAAGAUCAGGCCAGAUGAGCUGGCAAAUAAGUGAGGUGGCCUUGGAGCCUGGGGGUGAGCCCGGCUGCACGCCAGCAUUGGGACUGCGUUAUUUUGUUAUCAGCUCCUUACCAACUGUCGUGGUUUAACUCUAUCCCAGCCAAAACCAGCACACUGGCACAUUUAUUUUCGGCAUGAAGUAUCAUUGGCAGGGUGGCAUCAGCUUGUAGUAAACACCCGAAAGGUCAGAGAACAGCAAAUGUCCUCUCCAGAGAUGUAAGAAUUUCCACAGUGUUUUCAAAUUGUCUUGUCUAUAGUCCCCUUCUUGUAUCUGAUGAGAUCCCCAAAGGGAGCAGAGGUGGGAUGUACUGAGCAAGAACAGCAACAGCUCCUUCCCCCUUCACGUUUAAGAAAAGGACAGGUCUUGCCAAUCUCAUUUACCAUGUCAGUGGGAGGAGAAGGGAGUUGCAAACACCACUAAUAACGUACAGUAGCAUUUUUAUAUAUGUAUGCGAGUUAGGCAUGCAUGUGGUCACCUGCCUUUCCAGGGCUGCAGGAGGUUGUGCAUUCAAGCCCUGUGUCUUCUGUACAGUUUCUGGGGAUAAAAAAAAGCUGUCUGUGUGUGUCUGGAUUCAACCCACCGACUGUAACACAGCUGGAGCGUGGGUACAUACAGCUGAGCCAGGAUCCCCUGCAGCACCAAACCAGCUCCCUGCUUUAACCCAAAUAAAUCAUUGCUUAAGCCCCGAAA